UCCACAUACCGCAUAUCUCCUGUCGAGUGCUGCCUCGGCGUCCUUACUAUUUCCAAAGAAUUUCUUCGAUCCUCGUCCAUGGCACCUCCGCACUUCCUCCUCGUGACCUUCCCCGGCCAGGGCCACAUAAACCCGUCCCUCCAAUUCGCCAAGCGUCUGGUGCGUGUUGGCGCUCACGUGACCUUCGCCACUGCCAUUCGUGCCCACCUCCGCAUGGCCGAGUCGAAAUCUCCUCCCGAGGGGCUAUCCUUCGCCAGCUUCUCUGAUGGCUACGACGAAGGUGUCAAAGAAGGGCAAGAUAUCGAGGUAUACAUGGACGACCUCAAGCGACGAGGAUCGGAGACUUUAAGCGAUCUCAUCGCCUCGAACCUUGAGAACGGUCGGCGAUUAUUGCGUGUAUUCUACACCACCGUCCUUCCGUGGGUUGCUGAUGUCGCUCGUUCUCAUGGUAUUCCUUCGACGCUUGUUUGGAUUCAACCGGCCACUGUUUUGGACUUCUACUAUUAUUACUUCCAUGGCUACGGGGAUCUUAUUCGAAGCACGGGCGACAAUCCUUCGCUGCCAAUCCAAUUGCCUGGGUUGCCGCCUCUCAUGGCCAGCGACAUACCCUCGUUUUGCAAUUCUAAAGAUGAGUACAACUUCACCCUCCCCCUUUUCCAGCGUCAUUUCGAGAUUCUACUUGAGGAGGCCAAUCCAAGGGUGCUGGCAAACACCUUCGAUGCGCUGGAACCAGACGCCAUACGGGCUAUCGAUAAGUUUAAGGUGAUUGGGAUCGGGCCGCUGAUCCCGUCCGCAUUUUUGGACGGGCAAGAUCCAUCGGACACUUCUUUCGGGGGCGACCUCUUCAAGAGCUCAAGCGGCUACAUCGAGUGGCUGGACAUGAAGCCAAAGGCGUCAGUGAUCUACCUGUCGUUUGGGAGCAUCUCCGUGCUAUCGAAGCCACAGAAGGAGGAAAUGGCACGAGCGCUUGUAGAGGCUGGUCGGCCAUUCUUGUGGGUCAUCCGGACAAGCGGGAAAGAAGAGAGAGACGAGGAUAGAUUGAGCUGCGAAGAAGAACUGGAAAAUCUAGGGAUGAUAGUGCCGUGGUGCUCGCAAGUGGAGGUCCUGUCGCACCAUUCGGUGGGGUGCUUCGUGACACACUGCGGGUGGAACUCCACAUCAGAGAGCUUGGUCUGCGGGGUGCCCGUGGUGGCGUUCCCUCAGUGGGGUGAUCAGCAGACGAACGCGAAGCUCGUCACGGACGUGUGGAGGACCGGGGUGAAGGUGACGCCCAACGAGCAAGGCCUGGUGGAGAGCGACGAGAUGAGGAGGUGCUUGGAGCUGGUGAUGGGAGAUGAGAUGAGAAGGAAUGCCCAGAAAUUUAGGGAUUUGGCGAGGGAGGCUGUGAAGGAAGGUGGGUCUUCCGACAAGAACCUUAGGGCCUUCGUGGACGAGGUCAGAGAAGCGUCUGAGUGAAUUAUCUAUGGCGUCAGCAGCUAAACCUAGUGCUUUCUUGUCGUUUUCUUUAUGGACUUUUACCGAAUGCAUACUUCAUAUGGCUUUUAGAUAUCCUUCAUUAGGGCAUGGAGUCGUAGCUUGUUGUUUUGGACAAUAUUUUCCCUAUCUAGGUGUCAUUUUUUUCUGUUUUUUGUCCCAUUCUGGGUGGACUGGAGAGUUCUUGAGAAAUAUAAACAUGUUAGAAGUGU